CAUGGUUGCCUGUUGUGUUGAUUUGCUACGAAGCUAGUUGAGUUUAAUGUAAAAUAAUGAAAACAUGAUGAAAUAAUAGCACCUUAAUGAGAUCUAAAUAGUGUAUUUAGCUAUUACGGAGCUUUAGGUACAACGCCAUGCUUUGUUGGACGCGCAGAAUAUCAGUUUGGAUUAAAUACGUACUUCAGUGUAGUUAGCAUGCUAGCCUGUGAGCUAGGCUAACGUUAGCUAACUGGUAGCAUUGAUUGAAGAUCAGUUUCCUCUUCUAGUUGAGGUGAUGUUGGGGUUUCUAGCAGCGAGGCAGGCUGGUCUGGAUGACCCUCUGAGACUGAGACGUGCAGAGGCAACAAGGAGGGCCCUGAGUCUGAAGUUGAAUCCUGACAGAGAUGUGGACAGAAUACAUGGAAAUGGCAUCAACACCAUUGACAUUGAAGCAGUAGAGGGCCGAUACAUGUUGUCUGGCGGAGCAGAUGGGGUGAUCGUCGUCUAUGACCUGGAGAACUACAGUGGGAAACUACAGUACACCUGCAAGGCAGUUUGCACAGUAGGCAGGUCGAGUCGGUAUGUCCACAAAUUCAGCGUAGAGACAGUCCAGUGGUAUCCCUAUGACACGGGCAUGUUUGUCUCCAGUUCCUUUGACAAGUCCAUGAAAGUCUGGGACACUGAGACAUUGAAGCCUGCUGAAGUCUUUGAGUUUGAGGAGAAUGUCUACAGCCACCACCUGUCCCCCAUCGCCAGGAAGCACAGUCUAAUCGCAGUUGGCACCAAAGACCCUAAAAUCCAGCUGUGUGACCUGAAGUCUGGUUCACGGAUUCAUAUUCUUCAGGGUCACAGAGCAGAGAUCCUGUCUGUGCGGUGGUCGCCCAGAUACGAGCACAUCUUAGCCACUGCCAGUGCAGACAGCAAAGUGAAAGUCUGGGAUGUGCGUCGGGCCUCUGGUAGUCUCUUCACUCUGGAUCAGCACAAUGCAGACAAAUCAAAAGCCUCCGCUGAGGCAGUGAACACAGCUCAUAAUGGCAGAGUGAAUGGCCUGUGCUUUACUGGAGAUGGCCUCUACCUCCUCACCACUGGAACUGAUGACCGUAUGCGACUGUGGAAUAGUGCUACUGGGGAAAACACAAUGGUAAAUUACGGGAAGGUCUACAACGAGAGCCGUAAAAGGCUACAGUUCACAGUGUCACGUGGCUGCAGCCCAGAGUUUGUGUUUGUGCCGUGCGGCAGCUCAGUAGCCGUGUACGCCCUCCACACGGGAGAGCUGGUCACGACGCUCAGGGGUCACUACAACAACGUCGACUGCUGCGAGUUCCACCCAGACUAUCAGGAGCUGUACAGUGGAGGUAAGGACUGUAAUAUCCUGGCGUGGGUUCCUGUCCUUCGUGCCUCAGAUGUGGAAGAAGAGUCAAAAAGUGCAAAUCAGGUACUAAUAACAAGAUGCUGCUGCUGUUGCUGACCAGUCCUCAGUGAACCCCGCCUUUCAGGAUGCAUGGAGCAGUGAUGAAGAUUAAUGCGGCUGUUUUGUAUGUGUUGACAAACUGGACAUACAUAGUGUCUGACCGUGCAAAUGAUGAUUAACUUUCAGGGACACCUGUGGAGACUUUUAUGGGUUUAGGGAAAUGUCUCCCGUUUCAUCAUUGCAGACAAAGAUGAAGGCCUUAAAAUGAAAUGUGUAAAUAAUUGUACGACUAUAAAUUUGCACAAUGUUAUGAAUAAUGUUUGUUUUUGUACAUUUGAUAUAGCAUUGUUUUUUUUAUUUGAAUGUAAAGCCAAAAUGGUCCUCGGUAUGCAUAGCAAGCUUUGUGUUGCUAAAGUCCUCUUAACCUGUUCCAAACCAAUUUUGUAUUUUCAAUAAUUCAUUGCAGUCAUGGGAGACAUCUGCCAAUGUUUGUGCACGUCAAAAUGAUGUUGAUAGUUUUAUAAUUUGGAUGUUUUGAGAUGAGUACACAGUCAUUUCACAGCACUCACACCUGUUAUGAUGCUGACACUAUAUUAGGUUGAGACAUUUUGUAAUAUGUAUUUAUAUGCACUAUAUUAAUUGGUUAAAGGGACAUUAUAGAGCUCAGAGAGGGAGAGAUUUGGAGGCUUUUUAAACAGGUGUGGUGACAGUCUUUCAGUUUGUGUGUUUUCUGCAGCUGAGUUAAGAAGAGACUGCAAAUCAUCCUCACAUGGGAGUAGCCAGGCAUUCAGAAACACAUUAUCUUGUUGUCACUCCUGGCAAAAUUUACAUUUUUUUACUAGUUCACCUGUCAGCCCUAGCUGAAACUAGCAGCGAGGAGUGAUGAUGAAACCUCUCUCUCUCUCUCUCUCUCUCUCUCUCUCUCUCUGUCCCACCCUCCUCAUAGUUUUACAUAUUUCCUUGGUUACCAUGUGGACACCUGGAACCCAAAUGAAGCUGAAUACUGACCCCCACAAAAAAAUAACAAGAACACAACACAGUGAUCAACAUCAUCUCUUUGAAAUCUACCAUUAUUUCUUGCGUAUCAAUCCAGUUAUUUUGAAUAUGAAAACGGUAUUUAUAUCCAGGAUACUGUUUCUGUCUCUAUCAUCAUACAAUGUGCCGGCCAGCUCUCUUUUCCCCAAAUUACCUGAAGUGUCUUGAAUUGUAUAGUUUUUAAUGUCUAUGUCUUAUAAUAAAAGCACUGACAAUGCUA